AUGAGACUUGAGGAAAAUGCAUUCUUUGUUGCGCUAUUGGGGAUAUUUAUAGCUGCAAACUGGGUUGUUGGGCUGGUGCUGAGACACGUUGGGGUUGACUGGAUGGGAUUGCUCAUGGUGCAUGUCAUCUCGGCCACUGCGCUGUUUGGGGUCUUUCCGUUGCUCUACAAGCGAUGCAAGCACAGCAUCCCGUGCUUCAUUUUUUACAAGAUAAGGCUCCAGCUAUUUUUGCUGGGUCUCAUACUGGAGUGGCCAUGGCCCGAGCACAGCACAGGGGAGAUGUACAUUGUGAUACUGUGUGACACAGCAGUUCGAACCUUGCUUCUGAUUCUGUAUUCCACUGCAAAGAGGAAUCUGCUAAAGGACUUCAGCACAGGACACAAUCUAGAGGUGCUUCAGCUAGAAAAGUAUCUUCUCUACGCCAUGGAUAAGAUUGGGCUGCACGAGCUACAGCAGGAUCUUAAAAUAGACACAUUUUACAAGAAAGGAAAGCCAGAGGAGCUGCCUCUUCUUGAUAUUUUUAAAAAGUGGAGAAGAGACGAAGAGACAGAAGGCUCUGUGAUGGAGGAGUAUGGCUAUGGCCUGGGGGAGAGCCUUAGAGUGCCAAAUAGGCCACGCCUUACCCCGCAGAUGGAUGACGUGGAGGGGUCUAUCUCAGUUGCAUCUCUCCGAAGGGUGUUCUCGUCAGAAGAUGCAAAUAUUCUGUUUUCUCUUAUUUCGUAUGGAGAGAGAAGCAGAAUACAGUACUCUACAUUCAAAGAAACAUUCAGACAGAUAUCGCUGGAGAGAACCAAUCUAUACAUGGCGAUAAAAGACUGCAGAAGGCUGCUCAGCCACUUUAACUGGUUUCUAUGCAUAGUUGAAGGAAUCCUUAUAUUCAUUGUGUUCACAAUUUCAAUGAACAUGCACAACCUGUUUCUGCACACGUUCUUUUCGUUUGCAUUGAUAAAUGCCAUAAUCCCAGGAAGCGUCAGCUUCUUUGAGAGCUUUAUCUUCUUGUUGAUAUCGCAUCCAUAUGAUACUGGUGACAGAGUGUUUAUUAAAGGAGAGAACAUGAUUGUAAAUAAGGUUGGGCUCUUUUCCACAUGCUUUACCACCUGGGCAGGCGUUUACACAAUAAUACAGAACAGUGUAGUGAGCAAGUACCCAGUGGUGAACGUAAGGAGAUCUAUUUCGCAGUACUGGACAAUUGAUUUGCCAAUUAGUAUAGAAUGCAGCAACGAGUCAAUACUGAAUCUUAAGAAAAGACUUCAGUGGUAUGUAGAGGAAGAGAAGAUGCUGUCAGGGCUUGUUUUUGCGCCAAUGGGGAUGAAGGACGGAAAUUCUGUGCAGAUUCGGCUGCUUGUUCGAAAGAACUCUAACUUCCAGAACGGGUUCUUUACGCUAACAAAUUUCACAAAGUGUCUUGCAUGUAUUAUAAGAAUAGUAACAGAGGAGGGCUUAUACUAUAAGCCGCCAAUUGCAAGAAAAAAAGUGACAGAAGAAGUCUUAGCCUCAAUGAUAGAGGCCCAGCAUGAUCUAGCGAAAAAGAUAAAAUAA